AUGAAUGCUCCUGUGCCGCCAAUAAAGACUGCCUUCCGUUCUGCCUUUGACACAAAAACUGGGUUGCGUGUGGCUGUAAAGAAGCUGUCCCGACCAUUUCAGUCUAUCAUCCAUGCCAAAAGGACCUACCGAGAGCUACGGCUACUUAAGCACAUGAAACACGAAAAUGUGAUUGGUUUGUUGGAUGUGUUCACCCCUGCCAAGUCACUAGAAGAAUUCAAUGAUGUGUACUUGGUGACACACCUUAUGGGAGCAGAUUUGAACAACAUUGUGAAAUGCCAGAAACUCACCGAUGACCAUGUGCAGUUCCUCAUAUACCAGAUUCUUCGGGGACUGAAGUACAUCCAUUCAGCUGACAUAAUACACAGGGAUUUAAAACCUAGUAACCUAGCUGUAAACGAAGACUGUGAGCUAAAGAUCCUGGAUUUUGGCUUGGCCCGACACACGGAUGAUGAGAUGACCGGCUAUGUGGCUACCCGGUGGUACAGGGCUCCUGAGAUCAUGCUGAACUGGAUGCAUUACAACCAGACAGUUGAUAUUUGGUCAGUGGGAUGCAUUAUGGCUGAACUGUUGACUGGAAGAACAUUGUUCCCUGGUACAGACCAUAUUAACCAGCUUCAGCAGAUCAUGCGUCUGACGGGAACACCCCCUGCAUAUCUCAUUAACAGGAUGCCCAGCCAUGAGGCAAGAAACUACAUUCAGUCUUUGUCUUACAUGCCGAAAAUGAACUUUGAAAAUGUGUUUAUUGGUGCCAAUCCACUAGCUGUGGACUUGCUAGAGAAGAUGUUGGUACUGGAUACAGACAAACGAAUUACUGCAGCAGAAGCGUUGGCUCAUGCCUACUUUGCUCAGUAUCACGACCCAGACGAUGAACCAGUGGCAGACCCCUAUGACCAGUCUUUUGAAAGCAGAGAACUUGAGAUUGAAGAAUGGAAAAGCCUGACUUACGACGAAGUCAUCAGCUUUGUGCCACCACCGCUUGACCAAGAGGAGAUGGAGUCCUGAGGAGCGGCUCUCUUCUGUUCGUCCCACUUCACUGUGAGGGGAAGGCCUUUUCAUAGGGACUCUCCGAUUAUCGUCCAAGUGCCUCGUCACAACAAUAUUCUCCUUGGUGGAGGGGUUUUGUGUGUGUUGAAUUGGGGAGGGGGGGGGAGGGGAGGGAGGGAAGAAAGCUGAGUCGAUGUAAACAUGCUGCAUGCUCUCUUGUAUUCUGUGUACGGCCUGGGGCAAGCCUUGCAGCCCUGCUCUGACUGCUCCUCAGCCCUUCCAGAGUAACAGCGCUCAGCCCGUUCUGCGCUGCUGGGGCAAGGGAGGGGAAGUUGGCGUUAUAAAGUUUGGUUACAAUCGUUGCCAUUUAUCAAUUUUUCUACAAUUAAGUAACCUCAAAGUAAUGGAAGUUGGUUUAUAGUCCUCUGUUUUCUUCAGGACUGAAGGGGGGGUUGAGGGAUGUCCUCGUUCAAUGCCAGAUGGCUGAU